AUGGACAACAUGAACUCCAAGGAACCGGAGGUCACCUAUAGCAACCAGAGUACGCAGCCUGGAGACAACAUCGAGGCCGGUCUUUGCCCAAAUUACCCGGAUCCCGUCAACCCGGUCCGAGUGCUCACGACAAAAGACAUAAGAAACCAGCGAAUCGUUUUUCUUGGUGUCUUGGCUCUGGUGAACAUUUCAAUGGCUAUAGCCGCCGUCCUAGGCCAGAAGAGCAAGCUCACGCUGAUAGUCAUCUUGCUGGUGAAGAGCAAGGACUUCUUGUCGACGGUUGUAUCGAUUCUUGGAAUACUCAUACAGAGAAUUCGGACCUUCUGUCGACCUCCACUCCCAGUCCCGCCGCUCUGGAUUCUUUCGCUCAUACCGGCCUACUCAGAAAGCGAGGAACAGAUCGUCCAAACGAUCUACUCGCUUCGCGACAAUGGCGUCGACCCUCAUCGCCAGGUCAUGGUAGUCAUCCUCGAUGGCAAGCCACAGGACAUCCGAGGCCGUAUGACCCGGGUCAUUAGAGAAUUCGAGUGGCCGUAUACGUCUCUAAAGUGGAAGAGAGGCCUCUUGCGGGUCACAUCGGGGUUUAUCACGGACGUACCGGUGAUUGUCAUUGAGAAAACCGAAAAUGCCGGGAAGAAAGACUCCCUUAUCUUGUGCCACGACCUCUUCAACUAUCCUCGACACAACGUACCGCCGUACACACAGCUGCUUCGGAGAGAGUUAUGGGAAAGUGUCCUGCCAGUGUUGACAGAGGGUACAUCCUUCAGAGGCUUCGACAUGGUGUUUUGUACUGAUGCCGAUUCAACUGUACGCAGGGGUGCCAUCACGCGGUUGGCAGAAGCAGUGGCCCGGGAUGAGAGUACCAUAGCGGCCUGCGGUCUUGUGCUGGUUGGACUAGAAAAGGGAUAUGAGUGGUCGUUUUGGAAUCUCUACCAACAAUUCCAGGUGCGUAGUAAAUCUCUGCCCCAUUUAUUUUGCCCAGGCAGUGGAACCGUUGAGGCUUAUCCCAAGAAGUACACCUUCGGACAAUAUGUCCGAAGGAGGGCAGAGGGCUUCGUCGGUAAGGUCACCUGUUUACCGGGAUGCAUCACAAUGAUUGCAGUCAGAGAAGAGAUGGCAGGGGCGAUGAGAAAAUACGCCGAGCCGGUGACGGGAAACAUGAUGUUGUCCCACCAGGUUCAAUACUUGAUAAUUACUCAGGGAACCGACAGGCGGCUCACGUACUCCAUGCUCUCCCAGGGGACGCAUCUCCGUACCCUGUUCGUCCCCGGCGCCGUGAGCGAGACUCUGGCGCCGCAAACCAUGCGACACUAUCUGAGCCAACGCCGGCGAUGGGGUUCGAACGCGUACUUCAACAACUUCUUCUACCUUGCCGGCGAAAACAUGAUCCUGGCCACGCGCAUCGCGGCGGCGGUUGAGGUCGUUCGGAUGAGCUUGGUGUACUACCGGGUGCUGAACACGGCGCUGUUCAUCCGCGGACUUGCCCAGGGCGCUCACAUCCUGGAACUGAUCGGCGUGAUGGUUGUGGGCCAGACCCCGUCUCUUUGGUUCAUGUGCUCCGUGGUACUCGACCCUGAGCUGAGGAAGAGAGCACAUAAGCUUGUGAUCGGCUUCCUCAUAAACAAGUGCAUCUCGCCGUUCAUGUCGAUUGCAGUGUUUACCAAGGUGGCCAUCAACCUCGGGAAUCAAGCCUGGGGUAUGUCAGGAGUUACACCCCCUUCAGCAGCGCCAGGGUUACAAUCAUUUGCGCCAGAGCCGCCGUCAGAGCCAGCGGGAGAUGGGUUUGCAAAGCUCCCAGAGGUAGAGCAAGAAUAUGCCAGGGUCUUACCUGGAUCACAACGGCCACCACACGAGUGAA